ACGAGAGCAGGGAACGGUGAGGAUUCAUGCUGUGUUAGCAUCCCCUCAGCAACUCCAUCAAUACUGCAUACAGCUGAGAAACUGGCAAAGGUCCUCCGUGCUGCAUUUGCAGGCUCGGCCAGGGAAAGAGAGCAACUCCCACGACCGGUCGGCUCAGUCUGCUGCUUGAGGGGCGCUCUGCAAGGGGCAGAGCACACACACACACACACACACACACACACACACACACACACACACACACACACACACACACACACAUACACACACAUUCAUACACUCACACACUCAUACACACUCACUAGAGCCUCUGCUGCAUCAAGAGGCAGAAGAGGAGAGCGGAGGAGGGUACAGAGGGAAACACAGACUGGGAAUACUCCAGUGGAGAGAGCCAAUCCCGGAGAGGGACAGGAUUGUUGAGGAGACUCAUGUGCUAAUAUGCUUCCGUGCUCCGCAGGGGAAGCUGAGCACCAGGGAGUUUGACAGGAUCUCAGUGCACCUGCUCCAUGCACACUGAUUAUGUGGAGGAGCUGACGUGUGCGAUGGCCAAGCUGGACCUGCAGGUUCUCAAACACACAGUUCUGUGUUAUCAUUACCUCCCAACCAAGCGGUCCAGCCCGAGGAUCUGACCGGCAACUCCCUCACCUCCCUCUCCCCCCUCCCUCCCUCUCUCCCUGGGUGUCCCUCAAUUCUGGGCCCAUCAUGGGAGGAUGCUUCUCCAAACCCAAACCAGUUGAAGUUAAAGUGGAACUCUCUCUCCUGGAAAAAGAAAAAGAGAUGGACGGGCUGUCACCGAAUGGCAAAGCGAGCCCCUUUGGUGACUGCAGACCUAACGGGGCCCUGGGACACGGCUCUGAUGACGACUCCACACCGCUCCCCCUCUACCACAAACCACGGGACUAUGUGGAGGCCUCCGUCUGUCACGUUAAAGAUCUGGAAAACGGACAGAUGCGAGAGGUUGACCUGGGAAGCGGCAGAGCUUUGUUGAUCAAAGAACACGGGGAGUUCUCAGCCAUGGGCCACAAGUGUCCACACUACGGGGCACCUCUGGUCAAAGGUGUGUUGUCAAAAGGACACGUGCGCUGUCCCUGGCACGGCGCGUGUUUCAACAUUGCAACAGGAGACAUCGAGGACUUCCCUGGGCUGGACAGCCUGCCUACCUUCCAGGUCAGAGUUGAAAAGGACAAGGUGAUCAUUCGUGCAAACAAGCAGGCUCUUCAGUCACAGAAAAGGUCAAAGCCCAUGGCCCGUUGCUCAGCAGUCAUUAACUCCAGCACGGGCUUCAGCCAUGUUCUCAUCAUUGGCUCAGGUCCAGCAGGUCUUGUGUGUGCAGAGACGCUGAGGCAGGAGGGCUUCACCGAUCGCAUCGUCAUGUGCACCAUGGACAGACAUCCUCCAUAUGACAGGCCUAAACUGAGUAAGUCCUUAGAGAGCACAGCAGAGCAGCUGAGAUUGCGCUCUAUGGACUUCCUGCAGGACCAUGAUAUUGAACUGCUCACAGAGAAAGAGGCAGUGGCAAUAGAUGUGAAAACACGAUCUGUCACCUUCGAAGAUGGCUUGAGGAUGGAGUACAGGAAACUCUUUAUUGCUACAGGAAGCAAACCCAGACCAAUGAACUACAAAGGCAAAGACGUCAGGAAUGUGUUUCACCUCCGGACGCCAGAGGAUGCUAACAGCGUUGCGAGGCUGGCCAACAACAAGAACGCUGUGAUUGUGGGAACAUCGUUUGUUGGCAUGGAGGUGGCUGCAGCUCUAACUGACAAGGCCCACUCGGUCUCUGUCAUCGGGAUUGAGACAGUCCCCUUUAAAAAAGCUCUCGGGGAGAAAGUAGGGAAAGCCAUAAUGAAGCUAUUUGAGGCAAACAGGGUGAAGUUCUACAUGCUGAACGAGGUGUCAGAGAUGAUUGGCCAUCAUGGACAGCUGAAAGAGGUGGUGCUGAAAAGCGGAAAAGUCCUGCGGGCAGACGUGUGUGUCAUUGGAGCAGGAAGUGUUCCUGCAACAGGAUUCCUCAAACAAAGCGGCAUCCACAUGGACUCCAAGGGCUUCAUCACUGUCAACAAGAUGAUGCAGACAAAUGCUGAUGGCGUCUUUGCUGGAGGAGAUAUGGUGAUCUUUCCUUUCCCGCCACGCAACAACAAGAAGGUGAACAUCCCUCACUGGCAAAUGGCUCAUGUACACGGAAGGGUGGCAGCUCUCAGCAUGAUGGGCAGAGCCACUGAGAUCAAAACUGUGCCUUACUUCUGGUCAGCCAUGUUUGGGAAGACCAUACGCUAUGCAGGUUAUGGUGAUGGAUUCGAUGAUGUCAUUAUACAAGGAGAUCUGGAUGAACUGAGAUUUGUGGCGUUUUACACCAGGAGUGAGGAGGUGGUUGCUGUUGCCAGCAUGAACUAUGAUCCCAUUGUAUCCCGAGUGGCAGAGGUCUUAGGAUCCGGAAAGACGAUUAAGAAACGAGAUGUGGAGAUGUUAGCACGGCUUGGCAAGACUGGAGACAUUUCUUGGUUGAUUGACAAAGGCUCUCAAUGACUUCACAUCUGACGGUCACAAGGACAGACCCAAAGUCAACCUCAAUAUAGACACUUAUGGUGCUGAGACACUGAGCAGCUAUCCCGGUCUGGACACACACUCACACACACACACACACACACACACACACACACACACACACACACACACACACACACACACACACACACACACACACACACACACACACACACACACACACACACACACACACACUGGGGACAGGACUGGGGACAGGACUGUUGGAGACACACUUCCCUGAAGACGACACUGAAACUUGCUUUUGUUCCUGAGAGACACUUAAACGUGACAAACGGAGCCAAAUGCAGUCUGAAUACACUGAAUCACUCUGUUGGCAGGUCUUUUAUGGCAAUCUUGUCAUGUUUCACUACAAAGCAAUAUUGGAUUCAGCCUCUUCGCUGCUGCAAGAUGUAUCUACCUGUACACUUUGUUUAUAAGAAGCCAGGGAAGGGCAUUGGCAUUUUUUUUGUACAAAUAACAUUGUAUAUAUGCUAUAAUCCUGAAUGCACUGUAACAAAAUAAGAACAUACAAUUUGAACUGAAUUUUUCUAAGUUUUAAAUAACAGAUUUGGUUGUAUGUUCGCAUACAGGCCUUAGAACUGCAUGCUAUAAUUUACUAUAAUAGGAGUUAAAACAAAUAAGCCCCUAAACAGAGUUUUCUAUUAAAAUGCAUCAGCAAACAAAGCUUAAACCUGCUAAAAAGAAACUGCAUAAUCACUGCAGCAGAACCCUGAAUGCAGCUUUAACUCACACACUAACACACACACACACACACACACACACACACACACACACACACAUACCUGCAGCUUUAAUUCGUAAUAUAUUACAAUUUCUAGGAUUACAACAUACCUCUUUGUAUUGGUUGCCUUGCUAGUGGAUUGCACAAAUGAAAUUCUAAUCAGACUUUGAUCACACAUUAGUGCUUGCAAAAUAGAUUCAUGUAUUAUCUAACAAAUAGAUAUCACCCCUUUAGAACAAAUCUAAAGUAUAGCAGCUCACAUGUAAGGUUAUUUUUCAUAGCGGUCACCUCCAUUGGUAUAUUCUUUGUUACUAACUCAGGGAACUGAGGCUUGUGGGCUUACUGGAGUUUCUGGUCCUUUUGCAAGCAGAAAUUAAAUUGCUUUAAUAUUGUUUUCCCGGUAUAUUGUUAAUUGCACCAGUUCCUUCAGAAACUGCUUAUAGUGGGUGUAAAGAGGGUUAUAUAAAGCGGAUGCUUGAUUACAUCCUGGUGUGCUGAUGAUCCCAAAAUACUUGAGUCCUGACACACAUUGUUGUUCCUACAGAGAAGCCUUGAAUGGCAUUUUUAUAACUAAACUUUGAAAUAAAAGUCUUCCAACAACAACUA